AUGAACCUCCUUGGCGAAUAUGUUCAGCUCUUGUCAAGAGUAACAGAGACCCCUGCAGCACAACUCCGGCAAAAGGCUUGCUUGCUGGGCAUACUUCGUUCCACAUUCCACCUUGGCUGCAGCAACCGCAACUGCCAUGAUGAUAUCUGUAUCCAAGGCGAUGUCCCCUGGCUUAAAUCCAUUUAUGAGGGUGACGACCUUGGAGAGGGUAUAGUGAAACAUCUGCGAAAGCUGGUUCCACAUGGACUUUGCGGCUCUACUUGGCAAGUUCCGGUCCUGACAAAGUUUUACAAGGGUGAGGCUAUGGAGUUUGUGGAAUCACUUGUUAGUCCAGAACCAGUAACCGGCGAGGAGGCAGUCAACCAAUUUGUUGGACCUACCAGUAUUGAACGAGGAAGACCAAGAGUUUGCAAUAGCCAUGGACCCCAGAUCUGGAUGAUGGGAAAGCUACUGGAGAAGGUAGGAGUGGAACAACUCAUUCUAUCAGAAGUUUUCUGGGAAUACUAG